AGAAACCGAGCGAGAAAAAACAGCUCCCUCCGUCCGGAAAGGUCAGAACUCGGAGGCGCUCGCUUUGCCUUCCUUCUCUGCCCCCUUGGGCCUCGCAGCAAGCCAGCGCUCAAAUCACGAGAUGAGAUAGCCGGUGAGCGAUCAGAAGCAGAGCCCCCAUGGCGCCAUCCGCGCGCCUCCUCCUCGCCUCGCCCCACUCCCCGCCAGCACUCCUCGGGCUACGCGGCUGCGGCCGCCGCAGCACCGUGGGGCUGGCGCGACGAGGCGGCGGGUGCGCGCGCCGCCUGCGGGUUGUUCGACGCGGCGCGGCGGACGAGCAGGCCGGGGCCACCACGCGGGGGGAGCAGGCGGCGGAGGAGGCGAUCGAGGACCCGGCGCCCGGCCGCGACCUUGUCACGCUCGCCGCCUGCCUCGUCGGCCUCCUCACCGGCGUCUCCGUCGUGCUAUUCAACCUCUCGGUUCAUGAGAUACGUGACAUAUUUUGGGAUGGUAUUCCUUUGCGAGGCGCUUCAUGGCUGAGGGAAGAGCCGAUCGGUGAAGUCUGGCAGAGAGUGAUAUUUGUUCCAGUCAGUGGAGGUGCUAUAGUAGGAGGAUUGAACGCAUUAAGAAGUUCUGUCAAAACUAACUCAAAUGGCCCAAUGUCCAAGAUAAAGAGUGCAAUCAUGCCAUUCUUGAAAGCUGUGGCAGCAUCUUUCACACUUGGAACUGGCAAUUCUUUGGGUCCCGAGGGUCCCAGUGUGGAGAUUGGUUCUUCAAUAGCCAAAGGAUUUGGAAAUGUGUUUGACUUGGAGGGUGGGAAAAGGCUGUCCCUUGUGGCAGCUGGAUCAGCAGCUGGAAUUUCAUCAGGUUUUAAUGCUGCUGUUUCUGGGUGCUUUUUUGCGGUGGAAUCUGUUUUGUGGCCUUCUUCUACGGAUUCCUCAUCCCUUGCCAACUCAACACCGAUGGUGAUACUCAGUUCAGUGAUAGCAUCUGUUGUUUCAGAAAUUGGUCUAGGUUCCGAUCCCGCUUUCACUGUUCCAGAAUAUGAUUUUCGCUCCCCAACAGAACUUCCUUUAUAUCUUUUGCUGGGGGUCUUCUGUGGAUUGGUGUCAAUCACAUUAUCAAGAUGCACAUCACUUGCUAUGGAGACAGUUGAGAGAUUACAAAGGGCAACAGGAUUACCAAAGGCUGCAUCGCCUGCAUUAGGUGGCCUUAUUGUUGGUCUCCUAGCACUCAUGUACCCUGAAGUAUUGUAUUGGGGCUUUGAAAAUGUUGAUAUCUUGCUGGAAUCACGACCAUUUACAAGUGGCCUCUCUGCGACUAUAUUGGUCCAGCUCAUUGGAGUGAAAUUGUUAGCAACAUCUUUGUGCAGAGCUUUUGGAUUGGUUGGUGGUUACUAUGCACCAUCUCUUUUUAUUGGUGCAGCUACAGGGAUGGCAUAUGGCAAGUUCAUGAGGUUUACAUUCACUGGUCCUGAACCACUCUUGCAUAUCCCUUUCCUAGAUGUGGCAUCACCUCAAGCAUAUGGCCUGGUAGGUAUGGCGGCUACCCUUGCUGGUGUAUGCAAGGUGCCUCUAACAUCGGCCCUCCUACUUUUUGAGCUUACACAUGACUAUCGUAUAGUUCUACCUUUGCUUGGGGCUGUUGGAUUAUCAUCUUGGAUUGCUUCUCCUCAAAGGUUCUCUAAAAGAAUUAGGAGUAACCUGGUGGAGGAGAAAUCAAGUAUUGCUCAACAGGCAAACAGCUUGCCCACUCAAAACAAACAAGUCAAAUGCAUGGAUACGGCUGAUUCAUCUCAAGAAUUAUGUAAAAUUGAAAGCUCCCUUUGUGUCUAUGAUGCCAGCGAUGAGAAUAUGUUCGAGAAUCUUACUGUUGCAGCGGCCAUGAAAACUAACUAUCUUUCUGUCUCAAUGACUACUCCAUUAGUUGAGGCACUAGAUCUUAUGCUUGCAGAGAAGCAGCCCUUUGUUAUGGUCACUGAGAAUAACCGGUCUGUAAUAGGCUUGCUAGCACUAAAAAAUAUCCAAGAUUUCUGCCGAGCUGCAAAAGAUACAAGGGCACAAGAUGAGGUAAAGGAAUUCCUGGUAUCUCAUGUUUACCAAGCAGGCGAGUGUAAAUCAUGCUCUGUGACUCCUCAGAUGCCACUUACUACUGCAGAGAAGAUUAUGGAUUCUCAUGGUUUGGAUCACCUUCCUGUUGUCUCUGAACAUGCUAAUCUUCAGGAUAGCGGACUUUUGAUAGGUUUUGUAGAUAGAGAAUGCAUCACCAUCGCUCGAAGAGCCGUGGCAAUGAAAGAAUUUUUCAGUUCUACAUAUGAGAUUGGAAAGGAAGAGAGAUCCAGCACAGAUGAGAGUAGAUGAGACAAUAUACUAGCACUUGCUACUUCGCAAGCUGUAUGAGAUUUUUCAGCUUUGGAUAAUUGCAGGUGCAGCCUGCAAACCUGGCCUGGUUUCAUACUUUCAUGUGGCAUCUGUUCUAUAACUGGUCAAGGCUAAGGCUUCAUCACGUUGGUUUGCUAACUUUAGAACGUGAUUCAGAUGGGUGGUUAAGGAGGGCCUCUAUUUUUUUUUUCCUGAAAGUAUCUCCCUUACCACCACCCAUGUGUGCAUAGUGUUUGUCGCACAAGUGCGUUGCAAUUUCCCGAUCAUUGUAAUUGAUAAGCUGAACAAUUAGCUGCUGGGAACUGAACAAGGUCAGUUUCUUUUUACA